AGCGGUAGGAAACCCUUGCCCGCUGUCACUUUGUCAGUUCAGUCUGUUCUCUAGUCCAUGCAUGGAAGUGGAAUUGCUAAGGAGACGAGGGAAUCCCCCUAUAGUGUCGCCUCACUCCUGAUGAAUUUGCAUCAACGUUAUUACCAAGCUUGUUUUUUAUCGGUCUCAGUCUGCCUGUUCCAUUCGCUGCGUCCACAAGCAUGGCUUGGAGUGAAGUAUAGCGCCACAUCAUCUCGGACUGUCAACCCGUGAAGAAUACACAACUGAUGCUGUACAACAAACGGUGUAUUUACCAGAAGAAAUUCAUCAGAGGAACCAGGCAACCCACCAAGUGACUUCGACAAUAUGGCAUUGAGCGGGACGCUUUUGCCAUCCAUAUCCACAUUUGCAAGCGGCCCGAAUGUCAAGAAUAAAUCCAUGGGACAUGCGAAUUUAAGAUGGAAGGAGGAUAUCUCCACUGGCAUGACCAAGAAAGAGCCUGAAGAUCUGGACCUGCUAGACUAUGACUUUAUCUUGUCCAACACUAUGCUACAACAGCAGGCUGAGGCCAUGGCAGCAAGCGGGUCCCAGAACCUGUCCCCUUCCCCGGGCUCCUACUCCUCCUACCAGCUCCCCUCUCCCCAGGACUCUGCCCACAGUGACAUGCUGUACACCAUCCCUGACAUCAGCGACGUGUCCCCCUCUGGGGGGUUUGUGGCCGAACUGAUGAGGCCUGAAUUGGACCCAGCAUACCUCCACCCCACCAGCCUCCAUGGCAAGUUUGUGGUGAAGACCACCAUGGAUAUGGCAGAAUACGGCCAAAGCAUUAAUGUGAUUAGUAAGGCCGGUGUUGGUGUCAGUGCUGCCACGGACCCCUCCUCCUUGCCUUUUGUUUGUCAUAUGAUAAAGCAGGAGAACCCCAGCAUGUGCAACAUCACCCAACCCAUGGAUCUCCACCUUGGGGGGGUGAACUCACACUCCCAGCCCAGAACUGGACAGAGGCCUCACCUCGACCCCCACGGUUUCUCCCCAGGGGGGUGUCCUAUGACAGCCAGUCGGUCAGCUUCAUCUCUGUCUCCAGACCACCACCCUUCCAGCCAGGUGUUAUCCCACCCCCAGAUCCCUCUGCCUGGCCAGGGCUACCACCACAGCUCUCCGACAAGCUACUCGCCCUUCCCUCAACAGCCUGGGUCUCUACGGUACCAAGAGCUCAUGUCCCCGGGCGGAGACUGUCUACCGGAGGAGCCCAAACCUAAACGCGGCCGGCGCUCCUGGCCCAGGAAGAGAAUCGCCACACACACGUGUGACUACGCCGGCUGUGGGAAAACCUACACCAAGAGCUCCCACCUCAAAGCACAUCACCGAACGCACACAGGAGAGAAGCCUUAUUGCUGUGACUGGGAGGGCUGUGGCUGGAAGUUUGCCCGUUCAGACGAGCUCACACGGCACUACAGGAAACACACGGGGCAUCGCCCCUUCCAGUGUGCCAAGUGUGACAGGGCCUUCUCAAGGUCUGACCACCUGGCUCUACACAUGAAGAGACACCUAUGAGACACUCACUGGACACCAUGGACCAAUACUAAAAUACUAUAAAUAUUAUUAAACAGCGACCUGAACUUGUGACUUACAAAUAAACAUUGCCUUCUAGCCAUCCAUUGUCAAAGCACCAAUACAAGCUAUGUGUUUCCUGGUAGUGUUACACUCUCAAGGGUCCAACCCUAUGACUAAAGACUGUUCUUUGUCCAUCUAUGGGCUUGUGAUCUGACAUUUGACAAGACCCCUCAGAACAACUCCUUUUGUGGGACAAAACUGGAAUCGCUCAUCUAUUUAUCGACAAAACCUGGAGGACUAGGUGCCAACGUGUGACUGGAAAUGUAUUAGCAGAGAUUUACAGGGACAGCCCUAGUCACUAAGCGACCACCGUUUUGUUUUUUUUAUUGUCUGAAGAUUAUGAUACUUUUUCCUAAAAUGUAAAUUGCCUUUCACAUACUAAUGGGGGAGGAAUCAGAAAGAUCACAUUCUAACGGGGGAGGAAUCAGAAAGAUCACAUUCUAACGGGGGAGGAAUCAGAAAGAUCACAUACUAAUGGGGGAGGAAUCAGAAAGAUCACAUACUAACGGGGGAGGAAUCAGAAAGAUCACAUACUAACGGGGGAGGAAUCAGAAAGAUCACAUACUAACGGGGGAGGAAUCAGAAAGAUCACAUACUAACGGGGGAGGAAUCAGAAAGAUUACAUACUAACGGGGGAGGAAUCAGAAAGAUCACAUACUAACGGGGGAGGAAUCAGAAAGAUCACAUACUAACGGGGGAGGAAUCAGAAAGAUCACAUACUAACGGGGGAGGAAUCAGAAAGAUCACAUACUAACGGGGGAGGAAUCAGAAAGAUCACAUACUAACGGGGGAGGAAUCGGAAAGAUCACAUACAGAAAGAUCACAUACUAACGGGGGAGGAAUCAGAAAGAUCACAUACUAACGGGGGAGGAAUCAGAAAGAUCACAUACUAACGGGGGAGGAAUCAGAAAGAUCACAUACUAACGGGGGAGGAAUCAGAAAGAUCACAUACUAACGGGGGAGGAAUCAGAAAGAUCACAUACUAACGGGGGAGGAAUCAAAAAGAUCACAUACUAACGGGAGGAAUCAGAAAGAUCACAUACUAACGGGGGAGGAAUCAGAAAGAUCACAUACUAACGGGGGAGGAAUCAGAAAGAUCACAUACUAACGGGGGAGGAAUCAGAAAGAUCACAUACUAACGGGGGAGGAAUCAGAAAGAUUACAUACUAACGGGGGAGGAAUCAGAAAGAUUACAUACUAACGGGGGAGGAAUCGGAAAGAUCACAUACUAACGGAGGAAUCAGAAAGAUUACAUACUAACGGGGGAGGAAUCAGAAAGAUUACAUACUAACGGGGGAGGAAUCAGAAAGAUUACAUACUAACGGGGGAGGAAUCAGAAAGAUUACAUACUAACGGGGGAGGAAUCAGAAAGAUUACAUACUAACGGGGGAGGAAUCAGAAAGAUCACUACUGGAAUUAUUUGCAUUAUAAGUCAAAACUUUCUCAGAGCAAGCUCAACUUGCCCGACUGCUAUAAAUGCCAUACAUUAUCUGUCUUUCAGUAAAAUAAUGGGGAGGAACCAGAAAGAUCAGUUUCAGGCUACUGGAAGUCUUAGCAGUU